AUGGAUUGGGGUCCACGUGUUCAGGAGGUGCAGCCAUGCAGUGGUGACAGUGAUCAGCUGGGUCGUGCUGUUCAGGUUUGUGCACCACUUGUGGGUGCAGUGUUGUUUAGAGUGAUGGAGGGGGUGCAGGCAGGGUGGGCACCCUGUGUGGGGGAGCAGUCUGGUUUGUGUGCUGGCGGGGGUGGGCCCUGGACAAACGUGUCAUUCACACCAGGGAAGCAGAACCAGGCACUGCGGUUGGCCAUGAGCCUGGGUUGCUUCCUGCCGCGCUACCGCGCAGACACUGAGAGCGCAGGAGCCGGCAGCAGCAGGCAGGUGAGAAGAAUGGGCUCUGUGUCGGAGGAGCUCAGCCUGGUCCCCCUGCACCAGAGGCCGGAGCUGCUGGAGGCCUGCGCCAAGCUGCUGGGCGAGGAGUGGGGGAAGAGCCGGGCGUCGCGGCUCCACACGCUCCAGCGCUCCUCAGAUGCCUUCCCCGCCUGCCUGCUGCUGCUGCGGAGCCAGGGCCGCGCCGAGGGUCCUGCUGCCAGGGAGGGUCCCUGCCAGCUCGUGGGCCAUGUCCGGCUCUCCCGUGUAGCUGGCCGUCCCCGCGACCUCUUCGUGGAGAGCGUGGUGGUGGCCCGGGCACUGCGGGGCCAGGGCUACGGGCGGCGGCUGAUGGAGGCCACCGAGCGGUGGGCCCGGGCCCGGGGCUUCCACUGCCUGCACCUCACCACCCAUGAUAAGCAGCAUUUCUACGCCCACCUGGGCUACGCCCUGGGCGAGCCGGUGCAGAGCGUGGCCUUCCUUAGCCCUGCCAUACCUGCUGAGGUGCUGCGGCUCUUCUCCACCAUUCCUGGCACUGCCACCGCCACCAUCACCAGGCCAAGGGUGCCCUCCACCCCCCCGCCUCCCCUCCCGCCUCCUGCUGCCCCCCCGCCACCCCCACCGCCCACUGUAGUCUGGGCAAGGGGGGUGCUGGCCGAGAGCAGUGGAGAGAGCCUCCUGGAGACCCCCCACCGCGAUGCCAAAGGGCUGCCCAUCUUCUGGAUGAAGAAGGACAUAUGAGGGGCUGGGACCCUGAGCCGGGUGCCAGGCCCACGGGCAGCCGGCGACACAGGAUGGUGCUGGCGCUGGUGCUGUGGGCCUGCCUGGUGCUGGCCACGGCCGGCGGGGAGAGCCCAGCACCGGAGCCCCUGGCAGGU